AUGGAAAGCGCAGAGCCUCUAUCCACAACGGGAUGUGGUGACCGUGCGGCAAAGGCGACUGACCCGAAAGGUAUCGACCUUGAGCCAGCGGCCAGCUUCGUGGUUGCAGAAACCGGUCCACUUGAGAAUCUACGGAAUGGAGAGCUCAAGCGCUCAUUCACUCAGCGUCAGGUCCACAUCAUUUCUCUUGGUUCGAAUAUCGGAAGUGGCCUGUUCAUCGGCAUUGGGAAAGCGCUGGCUGUUGGCGGGCCAGGCUCCAUGGUCACAGCCUACUUUCUCGUCUGCUGGACCGCCAUCGUGGCCUCGGAGGCCGUGUUCUUUACCAUUCUCGUCGACUACUGGGGACAGGGUGGUAUACCCCAGGCCGCGCUUCUGACUAUAUUUCUCGUUGCUUGCACCGCAAUCUUUCUGAUGCCAAACACGGUAUUCGCAUGGUUCGAAUAUGUCACAUCAGUGAUCAAGAUCAUUCUCUUCCUACUGAUCAUCGUCACCUCUGUUGCGAUUCUCUGCGGCGCCGGACCGAACGGCUACGUACAUGACGCCGGUGCUUGGACCGAGUUGCCUGCAUAUAAGAACGGCUUCCAGGGCUUUGCAGACUGCGCUCUGCUCGCCGUCUGGGCCGUUGGCGACCAAAUCUUCAUCGGCAUCAUGGGCGGCGAAGCAAAGCUACCGCGUAUGAGCAUGGGCCACGCGACAACGUUGGUCCCAUACCGGGUAUUUGGAAUCUACAUGACGUCCAUCAUACUAGUCUCGUUACUCGUGCGAUCCGACAACGACCGACUUCUUGGAGGAUCCGGUGCCGCCACUUCCCCUUACAUCAUCAGUCAAUUAGAUGUGGGAAUCGUCGUCAUUCCGGACAUCCUCAACGCCGGAAUGAUCAUCGGGGUGCUGGCGAUCUCUGCCGAGGCCGUUUAUCUUGCAUCCCGCGUACUUCGAUCCAUGUCACACCAGAAACUCAUACCCGAGGCCAUGGCGAAGGUCGACAAAAGGGGACGGCCGUUCCCGGCGUUACUUAUCACCCUCGCGGUUGCGGCAAUGCUGACUUUCCUGGGACUCAGCUGUAACGUACCCACCCAUGACAACGUGUGGGAGAUGGCUGACUUGGCGCACAGCAGGAGGUACCGUCGUUCUCAACUGGCUCGUCGCCAUCACGAGUUCUUCGUUCUUCACAUGCUGGAUCAUCGUUUCCUUCACCUCUUUCCGAUUCCGAGCCGCUACUGA